CGAGCUCGGCGAACGGGGCAUGAUGACGAAAUGGCGGCAGAUAUGAUAGGCGCCCUCGAGCACUAUUCACGUAUGCCCCGCUCCUCGACAUCCGACCUUUCUCCCGCUUCCCAUCUCGACUUGUCGAAUCCAACUUCGUCUCAUCGCCGUUUCUCGACCUGAACGCAUCUAGGAAGUUCGUUGAGGACGAGUUACAAGCUUCGAAGCAAUGGACACCAGCCAGCAACCCCCGACGGUACAGCUGACCUACACUAUCGCAAGUGGCACAGAGCAUAGCGGACGUUAUGUGGCGGACAACAUUCUGCACGACAAUCCACUAGACCAGUCCAGUCGGUGGAGCGGCGCCGCUCAGUCUUCCAAUGUGCAACAAUACCUCCUACUACGGCUGGAUAGCCCUGCCGUUCUCAGUUGAGUUCUCUCCGU